CCGAAAGUUACAUUUUUGGCAAUUAUUCUUUUUUUUUAAGUAGUAAGCAAGGUGAAACUUCUGUUAACUUAGAAAAACAAUAUGAUCUUAUUGGGGAUGGUAUUUCGUCUGCUAAAGGAGAUGUUCAUAAACGACAGAGAAAAAUGAUGAGUCCUUCAUUUUCCUUUGCCAAUGUCAAGGAAAUGCUUCCAAUAUUGGUUCAUGCUGCCUAUAAUUUAAGAGAUAUCUGGAUAAAACAAAUUGGUGAUAAGAACGAGGAAAUAAUUACGAUUACUGAUAUCAUUUCAAAUAUAACGUUAGAUAUUAUUGGUAUUCUUGGAUUUAAUUACGAAUUCAAUUCUACUACUACUGACUCUGAAUUGGCUCGAGCAUAUCGUUCAGCACUUGUUUUUAAUCCUUUACUCGUUUUUAUUUCCGAUCUUUUUCCAGUCAUCAGAAAAAUUCCUUAUUUCAACCGAAAUAAGGAUUCUAUUAAAACUAUCCAUAAUAUUUCCGAAAAACUAGUUACUGAGCAAAAAAAUUCUACUGUUCGCGGAAAGGACUUCUUGUCUUUAUUGAUACAAGCAAAUGAAAAAUUGCCUGAUGAUGAAAAAUUAACACAUCAUGAAUUAGUUAGUCAGGUUAUGACAUUACUUUUGGCUGGGCAUGAGACAACUAGUACUGCUUUAACUUGGUCAUUAUACUACCUCGCAAAAAAUCCUGAUGUUCAGGAUAACCUUCGUAAAGAAAUACUUGAAAUAUUUAGUGAUCGUAAUCAUUUUCCAACGUUUGAUGAAAUUGAUAGAAUGAAAUUGGCUCAUUUAGAAAUUAAAACUGUUUUAGCAAUAAUUAUUAGAAAUUUGAAGUUUAGAUUAGUUGAAGGUUUUACUUUUGAAACACUAACUACUGGUUUUUCUAAACCUCACCCUAGAAUGGAUUUGUUUGUUUCAAAAGUGGAUUAUUAA